UAGAAUGGGAAAAACAUAUACUUUGGGAUUGCUCUCAGCCAUGGCUGCUGCAUCCUUUUCCCAAAAUGCUUAUGCUGAUGGCUCUUUCACUAUUCCUUCCUUCUCAACUCUUCCAUCUUCCUCUUCUGAUGACGGUUCGAAACCACCACCCGAGGAAAACCACACUCCGCCACCGCCGAGGGUUCGAAACGAUCACCCAAGGACCACCUCUGCUGGUUUUGACCCUGAGGCGCUGGAGAGAGGCGUCAGGGCGCUCAAUCAAGUCAACACUUCCACACACGGCAAAAAGGUCUUUGAAUUUAUAAAAAAGCGAGAGGAAACCAAGCAAACUGAAUUGGCUGCAAAGGUUGCUGAGUUUAAACAAAUGCAAGCACAACAUGAAACCGAAAGACAACGGAUUAUAUAUGAUGAACAAAAAAAGCUUGCCCAGCAUCAGGCUCAAACAAAAUCCCAAAUGGCUAAGUAUGAGGAUGAGUUGGCAAGGAAGAGAAUGCAGGCAGAAAAUGAAUACCAGAGAGCCAGGAACCAAGAGCUAGUUAAACUGCAAGAAGAAUCGUCGGUACGACAAGAGCAAGCUCGACGAGCAACCGAAGAACAGAUUCAAGCUCAGCGAAGGCAAACUGAAAGAGAGAAGGCUGAGAUUGAACGUGAAACCAUCAGAGUAAGGGCUAUGGCAGAAGCAGAGGGAAGAGCCCUUGAAGCAAAGCUAGCUGAAGAGGUUAACAGGCGAAUGUUAGUUGAUCGUGCUAAUGCAGAGAGAGAAAAAUGGGUUGCUGCCAUAAAUACUACUUUUGAACAUGUUGGAGGGGGCUUAAGAGCCAUUCUAACAGAUCAAAAUAAGAUGGUUGUAGCAGUUGGCGGAGUGACUGCUCUAGCAGCUGGGGUCUACACAACAAGGGAAGGUGCACGAGUUAUGUGGGGAUAUGUGGAUAGAAUAUUGGGACAACCAUCAUUGAUUCGAGAGUCCUCCAGAGGGAAAUACCCCUGGUCUGGCAUGUUUUCUCGAGCCAUGAGCUCCCUUUCUCGUCGUACUGAUACAGCAUCUGCUUCCAAAAAUGGAAACGGUUUUGGUGAUGUGAUUUUGCAUCCUUCUCUCAAUAAAAGAAUUGAGCAGCUGGCAUCUGCAACUGCAAAUACAAAAGCACAUCAGGCACCAUUCAGAAACAUGCUUUUUUAUGGCCCUCCGGGAACAGGAAAGACAAUGGCUGCUAGAGAGUUGGCUCGCAAAUCGGGAUUAGAUUAUGCGUUGAUGACUGGAGGAGAUGUUGCUCCACUAGGGUCACAAGCUGUUACAAAAAUACACCAGUUGUUUGAUUGGGCGAAGAAAUCAAAAAAGGGUUUAUUACUUUUCAUUGACGAAGCUGAUGCAUUUCUGUGCGAGCGGAACAAGACCUAUAUGAGUGAAGCUCAAAGAAGUGCACUAAAUGCCCUUCUCUUCCGUACCGGUGACCAGUCUAAAGACAUAGUUCUUGCUCUUGCGACAAACCGGCCCGGUGAUCUUGAUUCAGCGGUGUCAGAUCGUAUCGAUGAGGUCUUGGAAUUCCCCUUGCCUGGGGAAGGGGAGCGCUUUAAACUUCUUAAGCUCUAUCUUGACAAGUACAUAGCUCAGGCUGGAUCAGUAAAAUCUGGUUUGGUUCAAAAUUUGUUCAAAGGAAAACAACAGCAGAUAGAGAUUAAGGGAUUGACUGAUGAUAUCAUAAAGGAAGCAGCAGCUAAGACUGAUGGAUUUUCUGGAAGGGAAAUAGCAAAACUGAUGGCAAGUGUACAAGCUGCUGUGUACGGCAGCAAGAAUUGUGUGCUUGACCAAACCUUAUUUUGUGAAGUGGUAGAUUAUAAAGUUGCAGAGCAUCAACAGAGAAGAAAUUUGGCAGCUACUGAUAAAGCUAGCGCAUGAGAGUGUUUGUAGAGACUGAAGAAAUUUUGUUGUGUGGGCAUGCUGUUGUUAUUCCUUCACAUUUAAUUGUCCCCAACCGAUGGGGAGAUUUUUGAAUAUUAUCAUGGUUGGGUUUCAUUUACUACUAAUGAUAAUCAUUUUUCAAUAUUCAUAAAUCAUAUAUAAUAGCCCUCACCCCUACCUGCUAGUCUGGGUUUGGUUUAA